UUCAUGUCGGCAAUUGAUAAACUUUUGUAUUAAUAGCUUUACUGUUGUUGGGUGAUUGGAAGAAAUGAUGACAGUCUAAUUAUUUGUGGUCUUGUGAUGGGCGUCCCAACUUCUGUCAACUGGAACACCACAACCUCAUCGACAAGCACUGUAUCCUCAACAGUCCACUGAAGACACAUUUGUAUCCUGGCAACUGACGGUUUAUCCUCAGCGGGGGGCACAACAGGUCAGGCAAUCGGUGGAUGGAUGGUCAUUGGACAAGAACUCAGAAGACAUUGUUAUUUGAUGUUUGUCAGGAUGUGGGCUCUUUUUAUUUUUGUGGUGUUCCAGUAUAUACAUGAGGCAUGGUUUCAGUCCUGUAUAUAUACAGAAACGGACUAUGUUUGCAAAGAGAUACCGAAAGAUUAUCCUGCUGGUUUGACCUCUGUGAUUAUCUUUGUGAGUGGUUUAGGAGAAAUCCGCUUGUCUAUGUUUAACAGCACCAGUCUGACCUCUGUGAACAGUCUGAUUAUGGCACACCAAGGUAUCACAGCAAUAGGACUGCAGACCUUUGAUAUGUUUCAAAACCUCAAAACUCUCAAUUUGGACAAUAAUGGUCUCUCCCAAGUCUCAUCAAACUGGUUCAGCCAUCAGGGUACACUUGAGACACUCAGACUCUCAUAUAAUAAAAUCACUACACUGGAUCAUAGUUCUCUUGAUGGGAUGUCAAACCUGCUCAACCUAAACUUGUCUUGGAACCAGGUUCACACUAUAACCCCAAGCAGUUUUCUUGGUCUCCGUAAACUGAGGCAGUUAGACCUGUCCAACAACAAACUGACACAUUUGAGUACAGAUGUGUUUCUUCCACUUAACGGCACAAAGAUCUGCUUGGAUGGAAAUCCCUGGGACUGCUCCUGCUCUGUGAACGAUUUUGCCAAAUACCUGAGAGGUCUGCAGAAUGCCUCUCUUCUGGAGAAUGAGAUGCUGGUGUGCUGCAAUAGCCCUCCUGAUUUGAAAGGUGUACCAGUAUGGCAGGUACCAGAGUGUAAAACCCUCACAUCCAUGAGCCCUACCACUACAAGUAUUGCCACUAUGGGUCUUACCACUGGAAGUCCUGGCACCGGGAACCCUGCCACUGUAUUAAUAACCAAACCUCUUACAAUUGGUCACUCGACUUUAAUCGGUUUUAUUGUGGUACUUUGUGCCCUGGUACUUGUCAUCUGUGUCCUUUCAGCAUUGUAUCACAGGAAACGAGAGAGGAAACAUCUACAGACUGUAAAACCUGCUUCAGAGAAAUCCGAAAUGAUUCGAACCAGUGAAUCAACUGCAAAAAGCAAUGGAGAAGAAAACAGAAAAGUGAAAUCUGAAAUCGCUGAUAAAACCCAAAUUGCCACAACAGAAGUGUUAUUGAGGGCAAACCAGAUGGUGGUUGGAGAUGAGAAGAUAUCACAAAUUUACCAUAUUUAUUCAUCAGGGCCAUAUGACACCAGAGAACCCAUUAAACGAGUGAGAUCUGCCGGGCCGGUCUUGUGCAGGAUGGAGAUGUUUUCUAAACCGACAGAAGCUGAUGAAGUUGGGGUAAGGAAUGAUGAGUACUACAAUGGAUGGAUGAUCUCAGAAAGAACAAAAGACAAUGUGUGUGUUAAUACUGAGGAGGUGGAGAAGUUGGAGGAUGGAAAACGCAUAGCAGAUGAGGAGAACGAGGGAUCCACUGAGGUAAGUAACACCACUGACGCACUGGAAUCACAUGAAGAUACUGAUGAGAGUGUUCGAGCUGGAGCAAGUGUAGAUGAAGACGUUCUUCACCAUAGAGUGGAGAACAAUGUGUUGGAUCACCUGAACGAGUUGGCCGUUGGAGCAGGAAGCAGUCAAGAUGUUCUCCAGAUAAAACACGUCAUGUCCCGGUCUGAGGAGCCUGAUGAAAAGCUGCCGUACUUCACGAUCGGUGCUGAUCCAGAAAAGCAGACCACUGGGCUUGAUCAGAAUACUGCUAAAGGAACAUCUGGAUCUUUAAGACCUAUUCGGCGGGUACUGACCUGGCCUCCGACUGCGGCCCAGUGGAAGAAGCAGUGGGCUCAAAAUCAACAAGUCCUAAAUGUGUUCCCACAACUAAUAUUUGUAACUGGUUGCAGGCAUGAAAUCAGACCAUUUCCACCCAACAUUUCUCCUGCAGUCUUCCCAACUGCCCCACAGUUCACUGCAAUAGAGUUUCUGCCUGAAAUCACGUCCCCAGUGGAAGUCGCUAUUGAUGAGGACAUUUACAGGGCAAGUCUUGAGUCAUCCAAUCAAAGAGUCCUGCAUUUCAGCGCAAAGGAGUGCUUCUCUAAUAUAUCACCAAGGGAGGAUGGCAGAAUUAUUACAAAUGGGGAAACUUGGAUGUCAGGUCUCGAGUCGACCAUCUUUUCCGACUUGUCCUCCAAGAACUCGCCAGUUGAUGAAAGUGAGGUCUGCUCUGAAUUCAGCAUUUUUAAUCCAUCAUUUGGUGGCAGCAAGUCAAAGCCUGCUUUUGGAGAGGAGAUAAACAACAAAGACGAUGUUGAGCAAAUACAGAGCGGGAAAACAAAAGCACAUCGAGUUCACCAAAGUGAGCAGGUUGCGUCAGAAUUGCAGAAGCAGUCCAAGAGAGCAGGGAAAGCUGCACAGAGAGACCUACAGCAAGGUCAGAUGUGUGAAGGGUCUGACUCAAGAGCGCCCCCUGCGGGAGGUUCUCCAAAAGAUGACAGCCUGUUGCUGGGCAAUGAGUACAACUUUAUAGAUCUGCUACAUGAGGUGGUGGAAAAUCACGGGCGCUGGACCCGAGACAGGUGGAGACAAACACAAAAAAACAAACACAAACUCAAACAGAGUCGUUAGGUACUGGAAGUAAGUUUCUAAAUAUACAAUUGAUGAAAAAUGACAUAUAAAAAAGAUAUCAAAAUAAUCAGUUCUUCUGCUCUGUAAGGUGAAACCUGCAAAACACACUGUAAAAUGUACAAAAUCUAAUAAUGGAUAUGGUAUGAAAAAUUGCACCUGGUAUGUACAGACAUUUGGAUUUAUUUUACUGCAUUAUUAAAUGCAAAAAUAAAAAAUUUGUGAAUCUAUGCAUCAACAAAGUCGAAGUAUCUACUGGUAGGAAAUUAAUGCCACAUUUCUCUGGCUGCAUGCAGCAUUUAUUGAUUCAUUCUUACAUGUAAGUACAGACUUCAUUUAAGAAAUUGUACAAAAUUUAGAAGUUCAUAUAUUGUUCAGCACAAUCCAAAAACAGGAGCCAGCAAAUGUAAACAUGGGUCUCUGACACAUUUGGCAAGAAUAGGACAUGCAUGGUCCAUGUUUUUCUAAAACUACUG